AUGAAAGCCGGCGUGUACCCCGGCGAUUACCUGCUCCAGGUAAAUGGUAUUGAUGUGCGGCAGGUGCCACAUGAUCAAGUUCUCGAUUUGAUCAAGUCUUUUGGAGAUACAGUUACCUUCAAGGUGAUAACAGUUAAUCCGAAUUGCCAAUAUCUUGAUAACGUCAGCCUGACAAUGCCUUCAAUAUCUCGUUCAGGUAUCACUUCUGACGUUCUCUGUAACCACUGUGCCGCAGCAUGCUGUUCAGCGCUUCUGAAUCAAAAUUUCGCUGUUACGUUGUUGCUUAAUAGCAUUUCCGCUAUUUCAGGCAUGCAUUAG